AACUUCUCCGGGGGGAAAGUGUGGAGAGAUCUACAAAGUGGAAUUUUUUUCCUCCUUUCCCCCCCCCCUUCAAUUUUCUUUUUCUUUUUUUAACUCUUCUCCUGCAGCCUUUGCACACACACACACACCCAAAUCCAAACUUUUGCAGAAAACUUUUCUUGACAGCGCUGGAAGAGGAGGGGGGAGGCAAAGCGACCCAAUCAAAACACAAUGUGCUUUCAACCAGCCUCUCCAGCCGCCUAGCACUCCCUGCUCUGCUGGGUUUCCUGAUUCUUUGCAGCCCUCCUGCCAGGAGCCCCUUCCGCAAAUAACUUUGCUCCCCACUUGCCCUCCUCGCCAAGCGUUGGAAACCUGCUGGGGGCAGGGCGGGGGUGGGAUAUUUGCUGCCGGUUUAGGGAGCCUUCACAACCCAGCUCUUUGCUGGCUUGUGAUUUAUUUAACACCCCCACCACCACCACCAACCUGUUGCAGCCAGGCUGUGCACGCUGGUUAUUUUCAGGCCAAAAUCAUCAUCAUCAUCAUCAUCAUUCCCGGGACUUUUUUUUUUGGAAUUUAGAGGGGGAAUUUUUUUUUCCCCUCCCACCCCUCCCCCUCUUUAAAAGCCAACUUUGCAUCCUCGCUCCUGCCUGGAAGAUGCUCCUGACCCUCUGCCUGCUGCUGGGCACGUGCCUCGGCUGCUCCCAGGGCCUGGGCUCCUUCGUGCACUGCGAGCCGUGCGACGAGAAAGCCCUGUCCAUGUGCCCGCCCAGCCCGGCGGGCUGCGAGUUGGUGAAGGAGCCGGGCUGCGGGUGCUGCCUGACCUGCGCCCUGGCCGAGGGGCAGCCCUGCGGGGUGUACACCGAGCGCUGCGCCCAGGGGCUGCGCUGCCUGCCCCGCCAGGGCGAGGAGAAGCCGCUGCACGCCCUGCUCCACGGCCGGGGCCUCUGCCGCAACGAGAAGAGCUACCGGGAGCAAGCCAAGCUGGAGCGGGAAUCCCGCGAGCACGAGGAGCCGACCACCUCGGAGAUGGCAGAGGAGACCUACUCGCCCAAGGUGUACCGGCCCAAGCAUGGACGCCUCUCCGAGCUCAAGGCCGAGGCCCUGAAGAAAGAUCGCAGGAAGAAGCUGACCUUGUCCAAGUUCGUCGGCGGGGCGGAGAACACGGCGCAUCCCCGGGUCGCCGUCCCCGAGCUGAGGCAGGAGUUCGAGCUGGGCCCUUGCCGCAGGCAGAUGGAGGCUUCGCUGCAGGAGAUCAAAACCAGCGAACGAAUGACUCCCCGAGCCGUUCACCUUCCCAACUGCGACCGGAAGGGAUUCUACAAGAGGAAACAGUGCAAGCCGUCCCGGGGGCGGAAGCGCGGGCUGUGCUGGUGUGUGGACAAGUACGGACUGAAGCUGCCGGGGACCAAUUACGUGGCCGGCGACCUGCAAUGUCACAGCUUCGACAGCGGCGUCACCGAGUGAAGGGCCUGCCCCGUCCCCUGCCCCCCGCCCCCACGCCUCCCCACGCCCCGGGACUCCGAACCCUUUCAUCUCAUUUCGAAAAACGGAAGAAACUGAGGACCUCGGAAUCUGCAGCCCGUCCUCGCCUGCUCGGCGACGGCGACUAAAGGAGAAGAGGGAAGCAGAAGUCAAACCGGCGCCGCCUUCCCAGUACAGACCCCCCCCAAGAUGCCCCCAAACUGCUCUCGACUCCCCAUGCAGGGACGCAGCCAGCGCCAACGUAGGAAUCGACUUGGGGGCUUUUCUAUUGUGGGUUUGGUUUGGUUUGUUGAUAUGGGAGGGGGGGUGUCUUUUUUUGUUUGUUUUGGUUUUUAGACUAGCCAGCAACUUUCUAAACGGUCUCCAGCGAAACCAGACAAAGCCCUGCGACGGGGUACACGUCCACCGCUCAGCCCUUGCGUUUGAGUGGCUUGCUUGGCUCUGCCAGAGCUAACAGUGCCCUCCACUGGCACCAAAAGUCCUUUGAUUGAUAUCUCUGUGGAGAUAGGGCACAGCUUUCUGGGCAAUCGGCGUCUAGAACAUUGUUGUAAAUGGGAUUGCAUUUCGUUAGGAAACGAGGCCGGGGAUACCAGCUCCUGCCAGCAAAAAACGGUUAUGGUUCCUUUAAAAAAAACCCCAAACCAGCCAAAAGAUAACCAAUCACCUUUCAGUUCCAUCGGGGAUCGUUGUCCCUGAGCAGCGUCAGGAAUCUGAUUUCCUGUCACGUGAGAUUAUUUUAAAUGUUGUUGGCCAUCGGUGUGUGGCAAUUUAUGUUCUGUACGGCAGACAGGAUAUUGGGCUAGAUGGACCUUUGGUCUGACCCAGUCUGGCCGCUCUUGUGUCCUGUAGACAUUAACGGGCCUUUUCCCAUGCUUAAAAUCCUGCACUAGGUCAAGUGUUUGGAAAAUCAGCGCCCAAAUUCAGGCAGAAGGACCCCCACACACACACACACACACACAAUCCUGCAAACAAUUUAGCAUGUGUAUAACUUUACUCACGGGUGCAGUCCCACAGACAGCUUUGCUUAAAUGGCUGUGGGAUCGGGCUCCAAAAUCUUUACCACCCUCUGCCAUGAUGGGAAAACGAAUGAUAUUGUCCUUGCCCAUCAUAAGAAUCGUUUGCCCAGGGUGUGUGCGCACACCCACCCACAAAUGCAAACCUCUCUCUUCUUCUGUUGCAAUGGUAAAUUUACAAAUGUCAAGUCUCUCCCCCUGCAAUGAGCUCCAUAGACACUUAGGCCUGGCAGAGCUUAUUGUGGGAUCGGUGCCCUAAUUUGGCCAGGACCGUUUGGCCAGCUUGUCGGCUGUUGUGACCGACACACGGAAGCCACUGAUCUGACCAACUCAAGCGGCAUCUUCAGGUGUGGCCAGGUCGCUGCAGCCUUUGGACUUGUGUAUUUUUUAACUCUUGGGACCGUUUUUUUCCCCCCUACUUUCACCACGACAAGGGUCUUUGUUAAGGUCGCUUCCAACGAGACUCCGCAGCAAAGAGGACGGGGCGUUUGGCUGACUCCCUGCUUUGGCCAGCUAACGGCGCUCAAGCUGUUGCUGUCCAUUGCUUUGUCGCUGAGUGUGCGGACGCGCCCACCGAAAGAACUAGCCCCCGCCCGCAUCCUGGCAGAGGCUCCGACUGGCGCAGCUCGUUGCAAGCACGCCCAGGCAGCGUGCUAAUUAGAGACACGAAGAGCGUGCCGGUUUCUUCCCCGUACCAGCCAGGACGGGCCCUGCUGCGGGCUGAUCCUCAGGAAAGCCAGAGCGACACCCGCAACACACUAGUGCAGAUCAAAGGGAACCAAGGAAUCUCCCCAUGCUAGACUGGCUACUGCAUGACCGGGACUUGUGGGGUUUCUUCCUCGACCUUCCCAGAGGACCAUGGGUCUGGCAUUGCGGGGGCUGGGCAGUGCCUCCCUCCCCCGCCGGGCUUUGGGCAGCCAGGGGGGGAGUGGUCGCCCCGCUGGUUUUGCUGAGCGGAGCAGAGGGUUUUGCCCCGUGGGAGAUGGGUAGGGAGUCUGUGUGUGCCAGCAGCCCCUGUCGGUGCUAUGACGCUGUCCUCCCAAUACCGGAGCGUGCUGUGCUCACGGAGCCUGAUUCUCCGUUCCCCAGGCCCCUGCUCAGGGCAGAGGGCGUCUUGUAGUCUAGGGCUGGGCAGCCCCCAGCAUCAGUAGGGCAGCCUCAGGGCUGCUCUGGCUUGCGCUCUGGCCCCAGUGCAGUGUGCUCUGGCCACCCUUCCUCCCACGGCCAGCCGGAGACGCAGUGUAACCGGGAACCAGGCCCACAGACCAGGCCCUGGAGAGGGAAGCGGAGACCUAGGCUCAGAGGCGGGCAGUGAUUUGAGAGGGGAAGCUGCCCCAAAUGCCCUUCUCCCAUCACCAGGUGGCGCCAUUUCCCAGGGCAAGGCUGGCCGUGCAGGUCCCUGGGCCUCGCCAUAUGCGAUGUGUCCCCGGUCCAGGGACCCCGCCCCGCCCACACACAAACACCCAGCCCGAGCUUUGGUGCAGGGAGGUGCAGAAAGCUCGCGACACUUUUCCCUCGCCCCGCUCGCGUCUUCCAGGCUGCCAGCCAAAUGCGUGUGGGGGACGCAGGGUCACCCCCAGGUACUCAGUGGAGUUACAGGAGGCAUUUAUUCUAUGCAUGUCCACAGAUAGCACAUCCAUUGGGACCUGCCCCCCCCCCCGGCCCACUCUAACCCCGUGAACCAUGAAAAACGGGCCACCCUGCAGCCCUGGGCAUCUCUCCAACUUGUCCUGGAAGCUCUGGGCUACUUGAAGGGAGAGUGAGCACACGUUGCUGCGGCCGGGGAGCCCGCACAGUUCAAAGGCGUUUGACGUUGGUGGGCUGGGUCAGUCCACCGGAAAUGGAAAGAAGAGGGGACGUUUGCCAAAGUCACAGCUAUAUCCUGGUCCGGCUCUGCUCCCGCUCCCAGGGGACAGACCCGGGGUGAUCCCACCUGGCUUCGGAGGUCACUGGGUGCAUUAUAGGGGAGCCACAGCCUUGAAGAUCGGGGUAGGUGGCAGAGAAGAGAGCACGGGGGCCAUGUACACCCCAAAGGGGGACGGACUGCGCUAGCAAAGCUCUCGCCUGGGGAGGCAGUGCCCCCAUCCGCCUGGCUUGGCCAGUCCCUGUGCCGCACUCCCUCCCCAAGUGACCCCGAGUCCUGAUUCUUUUAGGCCAGUACCCAUCGUCUUCCCUUCUCGUGCUUUUUCGCCCUUGCUUGUUCAUUUGUUUUGCUGUUGCUUUAGUCCCCGAAACUUGAAAGCUGCGAAAGCCUGGCUGGGCAGGUGAUGUGCCCCGGGGCCGGGCUGGGGUCUCACCGUGUCUGCACUCAGCUAGGGAUGGCAACUACUGGCUGGGGGCGGGAAGGGUCACUUCCAAGCUGUGUCUUAUAGCUUGCACCCUGAGCCCUUUUAUUGAAAAGUUGAUGGGGCAAAGAUGGGUCUAAAUUUGCCUCUCGGCUACCCCAGGGUCAAGCCCCAAGCCAUUGCAGUCAGUAGCACGGCUCCCAUUGCUUUUACUGGGGGGAGAACUUAGUUCUCGCUUCUCUGCUCUCAGAGGUUUUUAUGGGGGGGAGUGGGAGAGAAAAGGACUGUCUCUGUGGCUCCAGUGGGAUCCCCCGCACGGUACACACCAGGGGCGGGGGGGGGGGCACUAGACAAAUGCUGGGCCUGGGUCAGCAGCCUAGAAAAAGCCCUGACUCUCCACGUUAAAGAGCUGAGCGUCGCCCCCAUCUCACUGGCUGCUGCCCCAACCCCGAAUGACGCCCCCCCCCCCCUUUGUACUGGGUGGCCAAGGCAGUUCUGCCGGGAGGAACAACCCCGUGCCGCCGUGGGCCUGUUUCCCCCAGCCUGAGUGGCUCUAGAGGUUGGCGCUAGCUGAUGGUGCUACAGCCGGCCGAAAGCUAAUGCUCUUCUGCCUCAGUUUCCCCCCUGCUGAAGUGAUCUCCUGUGUGCCUGUGAGCUCAGCCCAGGGGGGAGGCACAGCCAGCCGUAGCCCCAUGUUACGGCUGCCAGUGGGAUCCCCCCCCCCCCCUUGAAGCAUUAAAGCCGCCCAUCGGCCUGCCGUCACUCAUGGAAGGCCUGGAAAGGGGACGGCGGCUGGUGCAGAUUCAGGCUGUCCCAAGGCCUUCUGCUUCCUGGGACCCCAGCAAGCACGCAGUGAUUGGGGUGCGGGGCUGUGCAUUCCCCCCUUCCCCCCCUGUGGAUCAGCAUAGGGGUCCCUUGCCCGACAACGAGAGACUGAGUGGGCCAGCCCAGGGAAAGGGAACCCAGUGGAGACACAGCCCCUUAGGUGCCUCGCCCACACAGAGCUGUGGGUCUCUGCCGUCAUUGCUCCCUGCACGGUCCCCUUCGGAGGAGCCCGGGGCUGAGCCCGGAGAGAGGCGGAUGCCCGGCUGCACAGAUGGGCUGUCAAUACUCCCUAGGGCCGUGACUGUUUGAAAACUGCACUAAGAUUCGCUAAGCAGGGUUGAGCCAUGUCCCGGGAAGUGGCUCACCAGGACUAUGUGACCCUCCCACCUUGCCCCAGGACAGGAGUUUGUUUUGGGGGAGUGGUUUGGAUUUUUUUAAUGGUGGAUCCAGCAAACCCAGACGGGAAGACUCCCUCCAGUAACGGCUUAAUCCCCGGGGAGGUGCCGGUGAUCUCUGAGGCACAUUUCACCUCUCGGUGUCCUUCUCGCCUGAGUCUGUGGCAAUGAAACAAGCGGGGCGGGGGGGGGCAAAGGAGGAUCGAAUGGGGUUCAGAUUGAAAGCAAGGCCAGGGCGUGGUGGUGAGCAAAUAGCUCCUCUCCGGCGGGGUUAUUCCGUGUCUGUGCUGCGGCAGGCAGUCUUAUUUUAAAACCACUAGUACAAGAGCAUUUUGCACUAUUUCUCCACUCUCUUCUCUCGCACGGUUGUUUUUUCCCGAACGGAGUGUGUCGAUUUCAACAAGCAACAGUUCACCUUGAGUCCAGCCCUCCCCGGAUGAGCCCCUUGGCUUCUAGUCCAGUGCACGGCACUGCCUUUUGCCCCACCCCCCGCCCCGCCGGCCUCGGUGCGGCCUGUCCACAGUGCAGUUAUCUACCAUUGUACUACCGCCGUUAACACACCAGAUUCCGAGAUCCCUGCCUGGUUUUUAAUCUUUAAGCAAUACUCACUACACAUUUUACGGUAGCUUUUUAUAGCUUUACAUACAUACAGUAGCUCUGUUUUGUUUUGUUGUUUGUUUGGUUUUUUUUUUUUUCUUCGUGUGUGUGUUAUUGUUUUUCCAGUAAAGAAGAAAUAUACAUAAUCGUACUGGUGGGGAAAAAAGAAAAAAAAAGCAGUUUGUGAAAAACUGACAACGGAUGAGGAGCUUAAUGCUCUGUUUUGUACUUUUAAAAACAAAUCUCACGUUUUAUUAAAAAGUGAAGAUUGCUGUAUGCUAUUUAUUCAACUUAUAAUUUAUGUUACUCUUUGAUCUUUGUCUUUUCUCAUGGCAAAGCAUUUAUUUAAUAAAGUUAUGCAUUCAGUUAG